AUGAAUAAAGGAGUAGAGCUGACAUACCCGAGGAUUCUUACACUCUUAAAUGCUAUUGAUAUCUCAGGAAAUAAACUCCAAGGAGAGAUCCCUGAGUCUAUUGGUCUAGUGAAGAAUCUUAUUGUGCUCAAUCUGUCAAGCAAUAGUUUUAGUGGCAACAUCCCUUCAUCUUUGGUGAAUCUGACUAAGCUCGAGUCCCUAGACUUAUCAGAUAACAAGCUUUCAGGCCAAAUCCCACCUGCUCUCGGAGUCCUCACAAGUCUAUCCAAGAUUAUAGUUUCUCACAACCAGCUCAUAGGUCCGAUACCGCAAGGGACACAGUUUCAGACCCAAGAUGUAUCGUGUUUUGAAGAUAACCUUGGACUUUGUGGUCGUCCUCUCGGUAACAGUUGUGGAGACAAAGACAGAGAGAAAUCACAAGUACCAGAAUCAGAGGAAGAAGAAGAAGAAGAUGAAGAAGUACUGAGCUGGAUUGCAGCUGCCAUAGCCUUAACACCUGGAGUCAUCAGCGGAUUCACAAUUGGGCACAUUGUGAUUACACAAAAGCCUCACUGGCUCGUGAAGAUUUUUGGCGUUACGAGCUUAACAAUUCGAUUUGUUACUAAAUGGUGCAUUUAG